GUAGAUACACAGUACACAGAGCACAGCAUAUUCCUAGAAGACUUGCUCGGCCCAAGUACUACAGCGCUGUGUCUGUCAUCUUCAGCAAUCCAAUGGGGAAGCAGACAGCAGUAGCACUAGUGCUUCUCGGUGUGCUCUGUGGAAUAGCUUCUCAUGGGGUCGACGCCCAGUAUUACUGGACGACCGCCACGGCGACGUUCUACGGCGGCGGCGACGGCUCCGGCACUAUGGGAGGCGCGUGUGGGUACGGCAACCUGUACAACUCCGGGUACGGGAUCAACAACGCGGCGCUGAGCACGGCGCUCUUCAACGACGGCGCCAUGUGCGGCGCGUGCUACACCAUCUACUGCGACACCGGCCGGAGCAGGAUGUGCAAGCCGGGCACCCAGAUCACCGUCUCCGCCACCAACUUCUGCCCGCCCAACUGGGCGCUCCCCAGCGACAACGGCGGCUGGUGCAACCCGCCGCGCGUGCACUUCGACAUGUCGCAGCCCGCCUGGACCAGCAUCGCCAUCUACCAGGCUGGCAUCGUCCCCGUCGUGUACAGGAGGGUCUCCUGCCAGAAGCGCGACGGCAUCCGCUUCGGCAUCUCCGGGAGGGACUACUUCGAGCUGGUGGUGGUCACCAACGUCGGCGGCAGCGGGGUCGUGUCCCAGAUGUGGAUCAAGGGCUCCAACACCAACUGGCUCGCCAUGAGCCGCAACUGGGGAGCCAACUGGCAGAGCAACGCCUACCUCAACGGCCAGAGGCUCUCCUUCAGGGUCAGGCUCGACGACGGCCGCGAGGCCACCGCCACCGACGUCGCCCCCUCCAACUGGUGGUUCGGGGCCACCUACACUUCCUGGAUCAACUUCUACUAGCUAGCGGGAAUGCGGGAUCAUCGACGGCACUGCUGCUUAAUCUAUCAUCUUUAGUAUAUACUUAAGUAUUAAAAUUCAUAAGGGGCGCCCUCUGUUGCGAUUCGCUAUAUAUACUUGUGUUUUAGAUGGGCUUGCGUAUUAGCAUCAGGAACCAUGCAAGCACGCAACCAAGAAUUGGUGUAACACACUCUUUCGUGCACCUACGCACUGAAGCUUCAGAAACCAGGCAAGCACACAAUGCGCAACUAAGAAUUAUUGUAAAAGGAAAAUUGUACGAAAUGAAGACGGCAUAGCUAGUGGGGGCGGAUUAGCAGCACGCAGGGGCGGGGGCACGCAAUCCAUUUUUCUUUUGGCUUUCUAUAUAUUUUCAAUGAAUUAUAUCUUUCUGAACCAAAAGUUCAAAUUAAGUUUCGUUUGCAUAUAUUCAUGGUUCUUGUGAG